UGUGUUUUAUCAGUCAUCUGAUUGGAUUUAAUUUCUAGGAUUUUUGUUUAUCUGUGCUUUGGAUGAAAUUGUCGAGACACAUCAUUUUCUGAAGAUCGUUUGGAUCUCACAUUGAUUGUAUAUAGCGAGUGUACAUAGUGUGAUAGGUGUGAGGUUGGUGAGUGGGAUUUUAGUUGGCAAUGAGUUCGGGCAACAAAUCGUCGAUGUCCUCCGGCGGGAGAGGCACCAAUAAAAAUAAAACUUCACAACACGGAAAAUCAGAUCAUCAAUCCAAGUCGUCAGAUUCGACCAAGCAUGACAAAACUCAGCAAAAAUCGGAUCAGACGCGGCAUGCACAGAUAAUUGACACCCGGAUGGGAGGUGGUGAAGAUGCCACCUUCAAGGAAAGGGUGAAACAAGUAAUGGAAAUGACGCGUCGUACCGAGGAUGAAGUUAUCAUGGCUUUGCACGACAGUGACGGUGAUUUCAAUCGUGCCGUGAAUGAUCUACUCGAAGGUGUGAGUCCAGAGUGGGAGGUCAAAAAGAAGAAGGCUCGUCAGCCCAGUAGCUCGAAGCAGAGCAGUGAACAACCUGCGGGUCAGGACGAGGGUGGUGAAUGGGAAGAGAGAAGGACUCUGCGUGGAGGUGGACCGCCACGUAUGCGUGGGCGUGCUAAUCAUGACAACCGUGGGUGGCGUGGACGAGAAAACAAGGAGAACGAGAGGAACAUGGAAGAGAGUGGACGAGAUGGUGGAUUUGGAAAUAGAAGAGGCAGAGGUGGUCCUGGCAGAUCGGGACGAGGUGGCCGAGGUGGAGGUCGAGGUCUUGGACCUCGUACCUUCGCCAAUCGUGGCGAUCCAUCGAGUUCCUCUCACAGUUUCAAUCGACCUAUCGAAACGUGGACUGGUAGUGAGGAACAGCAACAAAGUAUUCAGGAACCUAAAAUGGAUGCGUGGAAUAAUUUGGAGCCUACUGAAGACUGGGACAACGAAGAGUACACUGGUUCGCUCGCCGACACAAAAGUUUUCACCCCGAGUACGGCUCUUGAUGCUCCAGCGACUGCGGAGGAACAGCAGCUCCAAGAUUUGCAGCCGCAGUCUAUUCAGCCAGUCUCGCUGACGCCGUUACAGCUGGAGGAUCAUCCUAAAUUGCCAGAGAUUCCUAUAAUGCAGCAGCCGCAGCAGCCCCUACUUCCACAAGCUCAGCCACUUCAACAGCCCAUACUGAGUAUGCCGAAUCUACAACUCUCCCAGCAGUCAAAUACUGUCAGCAGUGGAGUGUUAACCGCCGCUCAAACUCAGUAUUUCACGCAACUCUCCCAGCAGACCAGUGAAAAUCUCAAGGCUACUGGACAACCCACCUACUCUUCUACAAUAUCUAGCCAGCCUCAAAGACAACCAAAGCAACGACCUCGAAUUCCGCCGCCUUCUAAAAUCCCCUCAAGUGCAGUAGAAAUGCCAGGCGAUGCUGUAAAUAGCAGUAUAGGUAUCUUGGAUGUUCAGUUUGGUGCAAUGGAUUUCGGCACAGAUGCAAAUUCCUUGGACGCGCCAAUGAGUGAAAAAUACACGACUAGCAGCUCCACCAUUCCCUUGCCUGAGAGUAAUUCCAAUAGCAACACUUCCAACACUGCCAAUAGUACCUCAAACUCGCUUGAUCUGGAAUCUGUUCAGACCGCGAAUCAGUACAACACAAGUGGCCAAAUGAUUUCUAGUGACAGUAUGUCCUCUGAUCAUUCACUAAAUUCCCAAAACUACUCGAAUCGUGCAAGCACCACUACACAGUCUGUAGAUAUUUCGAAGCAAGACUUUACCACCCAAGUUUCUCCGAAUAACGCGACGACUUAUGGUUCGACGGCGUCUUAUCCACCACAGAAAACUUCCUACCAGCCGACCAAUGCGACACCCAACAGCUACAACACGUAUUCCGGAAGCACACAGUCGUUUCCUUCGGUUACGGGGGGAAAUACGAACAGUUAUUCUGCCACGGUCUCAGUUUCGCAGGCGAGCUACAAUACAUCGUAUCCGCAGUCGAGUACCGCUUCCUUUAGCCAGGCAUCGCCUUCAGUUUCGGUAUCCGCAACCGCUGGUUACAAUCAGACGACGACUGCUAACCAGGCUUAUCAAUCGACGAAUUAUGCCCCGACGACGACCUCUCAGUAUCAAGGACAGUCGAUUGCGACAAAUACGGCCAGCAAUAAUAGCAAUUCUCCGUACCAAACGACGGGUUAUCAGGGAUCUUCAUCGUAUCAGUCUGCACCUCAGACGUAUCAGCCGUCAAGUGCAAACUUUUCGUCGCCGAUUACUCAAGGAUCUGGUGUCUACCAAAAUGCAUCUGUUUAUGCUUACAAUUACGGAAGUCAGUCGCAGUCUAGUGCUCACAAUCAUAAACUGAAUAGCACCGGGAAUAAAGAUUCGCAAUACGAGACGAGUACAACGACAUCUAGUACUUCCCUUGCGACAACGUCUGCUCCAACUUUAGGUCUUUCUUCUUCAUCUGUGAAUAAUACCCAGGCCAAAGUCACCAGUUCUAAUGCUGUACCAAAGAGUACCACGAGCGGAAUCGUAACUGGCACGGGAGGCACUGGAAAUGUGACGGUUGCAGGUGCAGCCAGCAGCAUAAAUCCAGCUAUUCUUGGCCACCAAUACAUCAUGAGUCAGAGCGUUCCGGGAGUCUUUCCCACCUACCACCAACAGAUUUACGCCAAUUACGAUGAAUUGCAGAUGCAGAUGCAGCAAUCGAUGAGACAUAUGCCAACUACUGGUUACUAUGAUGCGGCACUGGGCUAUCAGACGACAGGCCCUGCAACGAGUCUCGGAGGUAAUCGAGGGGAUGCUCUCUCGGGUGUUCAGGGUGUCCAAGGAGUUCAAGGAGCUUACACCAGUAUUAGCGAUGCCAGGUUCGCCAGGAAUGACAGCAACGCCUCUCCAGUUCCUUCUACAAUGUCUCAACAGACUACUCAGCAUCAGCAACCAGUGAUGAAUGCCAUGAAUACGUUCCCUCCUCCAGGUUAUUUUGUGUAUGGCGGCAGUAUAAUGCCAGGAGGUUUUCAGUACGGAGCUCCUCUUUAUCCUCAGAUAGCCACUGCUGGAAACGUUGGAACGAGCAGUGCUGCUUAUAAUGCCAAACCUGGAAACUACGGAUCUAGCUAUGGUGGUGGCACCAGUUACGAUACGUUGGCUAGUACAGGUCAAGCAGGCGAGUACAAAGGUGCUGGAAGCUAUACCGGUUCUCAAACUGGAAAGACUGGAACCUCAACGGGUAAUACAAAUUCGAGCGGUUCAACUGCUGCUGACAUAAGUGCCGGAAUGUACGCUGCCAAGAGUCACGUUGCUCUCAGCAAAGUUAAUUCUUACGAUAAGCAGGCUUUCCAUUCGGCGACACCGCCACCUUUUGGUCUGACAGGAAGUCAAAGCGCGGGUCUUCCGGGAAGUUACAGUGCUCCUCACUUAUUUAUUCCGGCAAUGCAUCAGCCUCAUCAGCUGCACCAGCCUCUGCAUCAGGACGGAGGUAGCAACACCGGUCAGAGGACAAACGCAAGUUCUCAAAACAAAGGUCAGACAAAGACUGGCUACAGUCCCAGUAACUACUGGACCGGCGGUAACUAAUCUCUUGACGGAAAGGAGCAGAAUAUAAAGAAGUAAAAAAAGCAGAAGGAAGCACACAUUGUUCUAGACAAAUCCAAGGCUCGUCGGUGGAUCCGCGCGGUGACAUUUAUUCAGACACAGAGGACUUGAUUGAUUCACAUGAACGAGGGACUAGAAACGAUUUUUCACGCAACUAGAUACCCUAAUAAAAUAACAUAAAAUAUACGAUUUGUGCCAGAACUUACAUACAUGGUGAAAAUGAAUGGGGGAGAGUAAAAGCAUGGAAGGAUUAGACAAUUUUAUUCACUUUGCUACUUAUGAUAAAAACGUUUGAGGAAAAGGACAGAAAACACAAAAAAACACAAGUAUAUUAUAUAUAAAAUAAAAAAUUGAUACAAGAGAACAAAAUACCGAGAAACCCUUAGCGCGGUUCAAAAAUAAAGUGUACCGUACAUCUUACGCAUCUACCGAUGGCGAGGGCUUUUUCCUUUUUCCAUGUCGCGAUAAACAAUAAGAAUGUACACAUGUAAUUGCUUAACACACAUAGUGUCAGAGGUGAGGUGAUUUUUCAAGACCUUUUUGUACGGAAUUAGCUUUGUCCUAGCGCAUUUAGGGCGUAAUGCCAUUUAUUAAUUAAGGCCGAACUUUACUUUCGUACUCUUGCAAUACUCUUGAUCGCCCAAUUCGUGAAAAAUUGCGCCGCGUGUUUUUUGACGUUAAAAAAAAGGAGAGAAAAAAACAAUUGCUUAGUUCUUUCACCGAGGGUAGAGCUCGUGCCAAAUGAAAGUUCCUGUCGGUGUCUCUUGACAAUGUUUGUCACUCUGGGAGUAAAGAAAACGAGGCUGAGAAAUUGCGCAAAAGUUUAUCUCCCUCCCAAUUUUUCUCUCCCUCUUUUGUCUCAAUAUAUAAUUAGUGCAAUUACCAGUACGUUGCGUUGACCGUGAAAAGAGAAAUUGAUAGUUUUUGGGAUUAGAUUGGAAAAGAAAGAAGCUUGUAAACGUGAAAACCUGAUUGUUGCUGGUAAAACUGGUGAAAUAUUUACUAGGUCGCAACUGUGGGUAUUUAAUGAACGUUUUAAGCGGAAAGUGUGGAUGGGGAGGAAUGACUCCUUAUAAUGGAAAAAAUAUAUAUAUCGCAAGGCAUCUCUUUUCAUUUUUUCUUUAGACUCCUUUAAACGACCUUGCGUUAAAAAUAUUAGGAAUUGUUGAAAAGAAGUUGCGACUGGCUUUAGGUUUUUUUUUACAUUACAGUUUAGAACACGAAACUGUAUAACCUUCAAGAUUAGAUUCGUGACUUUGAAGAAGUUGCAGCGCUUUAUUAGCGAGUAGAGACCGAUUUUUGAGAAAGGUUGUCUUUUGUACAAAUUAUGUAACGUUUAAACGUAGGUAAGGUUGUAAACGGACGACUACUAAUUUUUAUGCACCUGUGAUGUUUUCGUUUCUCGUUCUUUAGCGGUCGUUUGUUUUUUGUUCAUUUAAAAAAAGGAUACAAAAUUAGAUCACUAAGACAAAUGAUGAUUCAUCUUUUCACACCAAAUCUCUCAAGUUUCCUGACGCAUUUCAGACCUUUUGUGCCAAGUACUUAUAAUUGCACUGACUCGCCCCUCACUCACUCUAUCUCUCUCUCUAUCUCUCUCUGCAUUUUUUCUUUCUAUAGAUUCAUAAGAGUUCAUUUAAUGAAGAUCAUUUGAUAGAGAUCCUAAUUUCGCUUCAUCAUUUCUUCAAUUUUUUUCUUUCACUCGUUGUUUUAAACGAUACCUCAAAGCUCUGCUUUGCAAAUCUUUUUUUUUUCAUUCGUCGAAAUCGAAAUCUUGUUAACACUGAAGAUUUCGUAAAUUUUUUACACGGCACAAAGAGACGAAAAAAGAUUAUGGCUAGUAAUUGUAUUUGUCAAGUUGAAUCGGUAAAUUAUAUUCAACGUAGCAAAAUUAUUGUUGAUUGUUUCUUUGGUAGUAAAUAAAGUUCCAUCUAAAAGGGUGAAGCAUCGCAAAGUUUAUUUUUCAAGUUAGAGAUGCUUUGGAUGUUGCCAAGAGUGUUGGAUUUAUUAUUGAAAUUAUUAUUAAAAAAUGGAAUAAAAAAAAAGUUGGUAUGUGCGUGAAAAAUGUUUGAAAAUAGAUUAGACCCGUUUGUAAUGAAUGUAAAUUUGUCCUGAUGUUUCUUUGACAAAGUCGAUCACUUCGCUACGCCGUAUGAUUCCCAAAAUCAUUAUGUGUACACAUUAAGUAUAACUGCUCAUUUAUGUAUCAUAAAGAUAUUCAUACAGAUCAGCCCGAAACACGAUAAUAGAUUCUCUUUUGGUUUUAAGAUGGUUUUUUUUUUAGUUCACUCAACUUUGUAUACACUUGGAUGAUAUUAGAGAAAAAGUACUGUAAGUGUAGUGUACCGAAGAAUUAUAUAUAUAUAUAAAAAAAGUAAAUAAACAAACCGCAAGAGUAUCGAGUGCUCGAAGCAAGAAAACAAAUGGCUUACUAAAAGUGUCCAGAGAAAGUGUGUUUUUUUUCAUAUUGAUUAUAUCUUAAUAAUUUUUGUAUUUUUGUCAAAUAUUAACCGAUCGAUCGGAAAUGCAAAAUGCAUUAAGCCAUUACUGCUAACUAUUAAAUAAUAAUUAUUAUUAUAAAUAAUAAUAAUAGCUACUACUGUGUAUAAAUAUGAAUAUCUUAAGAAUAAAUGUAUU